AUGUCAAAGUGGCCGGCGAAGCAGCUGCGGACCUCUACGCCUACGGCCACAACAACGUGCUUUUCAAGCCUACCAAGGCGAAGGAUUGCCAGUUCCGCCCCACUGCGUCCCAGGCCAUGUCCUACUUCGUGGGCUGCAAUGCCGUGGACGAAGGGAUUCCUGAG